AUGUCAUCUGAUUCUCACCUCAACGGAGCUUACUACGGCCCAUCAAUCCCACCUCCGUCCAAAAAAUCCCGAUCCUACAACCGCCAUGGCCGCGGCGGCGGAAGCUGCAACCCCUUUUCAUGGUGCUGCAGUUGUCUCUGCGGUUGCAUCUUCAAUCUCAUCUUCCAAAUCCUCAUCACCAUCCUCGUCCUCCUCGGGAUCGCCGUCCUCGUCUUCUGGUUAAUCUUCCGUCCCAACGCCCCGAAGUUCCAUGUCAACGACGCUACUCUCACCCAGUUCAACCUUUCCUCCGAUAACAACACUCUCUACUACAAUCUCGCUGUGAAUAUGACGUUCCGGAACCCUAAUAAACGGAUUGGGAUUUACUACGAUAAAAUCGAAGCCAACGCUGAGUACUAUGAUAAGAGGUUUGCUUCCAGGAAUUUAGAUGGGUUUUAUUUGGGGCAUAAAAGGGAGAAUAACGUUAACACGGAGUUCGUCGGAGAACAAGUGGUGGUGCUAGGAAAUGGUGAUAGAUCUAAAUAUGAUAGGGAGAGAAACGAUGGGGUGUACAACAUCGAUUUGAAGUUGAGGCUUCGAUUGAGGUUGAAAGUUGGGUGGGCGAAACCCAAAUUCAAACCGAAGUUUGAAUGCGAGUUGAAGAUUCCGAUGACUUCCGGCGGCGUGGUUUCUUCUCCGGGAUUUCAAAGGACGAAGUGUGAUUUCGAUUGGUAG